CCGACCUGUUGUGUUCCUCUUGCUUCACUCUUCCUUACUAUGAGGAAAGCAAAAACGAGAAACUCUGAUAACGGUAACAAAGCACACCAGGACCUUUUACAGUAACUUACAAACCAAGGAGAAGCUACAGAGAGUCAGGAACCAGAGACAAAGAUGGAUCGCUGAUCACCGUCGUCCCUUUGACCAUUUGUUCUACCUUCGUUGACCCUGACCUAAGCUGACAACUUCCAUGGCAGAAGGACAGCCAAUAGAAGCUCAGCACCAGCGGUCUCAUGGACACCAGCAGGAGAAUAAUCCAACCCGCCCAGAGCCGACUGAAACACAGGGGACCAGUACUCUAGAAGACCCAGUCUUUUCCUGUUUGACUACCAAGGAGCUCCAGCAGAACCUGAAGGAGAUGAAACAGAGAAACAGAGGCAUCAAGCUGCUGUUUGAAAUCAAUUCCACGCGCAUUAUUGAAGACAGCCUCACCAAAUAUGUGCUGUACCAGAUUGUGAUAAUGCGCUCCGGCAGCUACGACUCCCAGCGUGUUGCAAUAGAGCGCCGCUACAGCGACUUUUUUCGCUUCCACCAGCAGCUGCUGGAGAAGUUCAGCGAGGAGCUGGAGGAGGUGCACUUCCCCCGGAAGCUCCUCAGCGGGAAUUUCAACCCUGAAGUGAUCGCGGAACGCCGGUUGGGCCUUCAAGACUACCUCGGCAAAAUAUACGCCGUCCGAUGCGUCCGAUACUCGAGUCAUUUCCCCGAAUUCUUCGCGGGACAGGAGCAGAGGCGUGCCCACGACCUGCUGCGCGCGGGGCAGUUCAAGCCCGCCACGGAGCAGCUCCAGGCCACCCUGACCCUCCUGGAGAAGGUGGCCCCCUGGCAGAGCGCCACCCUGCUGGUCCCCACGCUGUGCGCCCUGGCCGUGGGCCACCGGGACCUGGAGGAGCUGGGAGAGGCGUUCUCCGCGGCGCACAGGGCGCUGCCCGCCGUCCGGCGCUACGGGCUCCACCGGUACAGAGCGGCCCUGCUGGAGCUGCUGGUGGACGUGGGCUACCAGCUGCAUCGGCCCGUAGCCCAGCUCCAGGAGGAGCUGAGCCUGUUUAGGGAUUCAGAGAGGGGGCGGGUGUCUUCUGCCUCACUGAAAGAGGUGGUGGUGCAGGAGUUUACCUGAGGACAGAGGCCCUCUGGGCGGGGCCCGCUGAAGGGGGGCCUCUGGAAGGGGCCCUCUGGGAGGGGCCCCUUGAAUGAGGGCCUCUGGGUGGGGCCUGUUGAAUGGAGCCUAUUGAGCCUAUCUGGGAGGGGCCCGUUGAAUGUGCAACACGGUUGCUAAGAGGUCCCUACGAACCUUGGAUCAUGUUUAAAUCUGAAUGUAAAAUUGGUUGUUUCACUUCCAGGAACAGCUAGUGGCCCCGGAGAACGCAAACCAGCAACAGGGACAAUUUUAGGAAUCCAUAAAUUGAUUAAAAGACCAAAUUACAAUCUAGUCAAAAUGAUAGCACUGUAAGUGUAGCUCCUUGUUGUAGUGAUUAAACCUAAUCCCUGUGUUAAAGGAAGUCACAACGCAUUGAGCAAAAUGUUUACCCAGACAAUGUUAUCAGGUCAAACGAAGGGGAAGCAAGAGCGUCCUAGAUUCUGAUCUCAGUUUCUGGUCCGCAAAUUAGUUUAGCCUGUUGAAAUCAUGUGGCUUUAUUAAGAGGCCCAUUUCACAUGCACAAGUGUAAAUGUACUAAAAACAAACGUCAUGAAUCAGCAGCCCCAUCACAAUCACAGUCCUUGUAUGCAUCUUUACCAAAAUAAAGUAUUGAAAAACAGAAAUAGUAGUCUUGUUGAAUGAGUACACUGAUCUACAAUGUUCUGCGUAUUUCACCAACAUGCUCAAGUAUACAUAUAGACUAUUAGAUGUUUAAUUAAUUUUAAGAAGAACGGGUUGCAUUAGCUUAUUAUGUAUUGAACGUAAAAUCACCUCCAAACCUAACAAUCUAACCUAAAUCUAUCCAUCCCUAAAAGACACCCUAAACUUGACCAAAUGCAUAAACUUAACUAUAACUCAACUAUAACUAAACAUCUCUUACCCAUAUACCUUAACCUAAAAGGCCGGACUCACAACCAUCCUUAAAGUAAUUUGUCAAAGUCCUUUACCGACAUUGUGCAUAGUUGAUUCACUGUGCUGUACUGCUUUGGCCUCAGUUUUGCAUACAGGGACCUUUUUUGACACCUUAUUGUCUGCUCUGCUUGUAAACAUCAACUGCCUUAUUCCCUUUCCCACCGCCAUGGGAAGGCACCUAGAGGAAGCACACACGUGAGCCUACAUGCCAUAAUCUGUACAUCCUCUGGAAAACCUCAAUAAUAAUAUCUGGUCUGCAUGAAGAUUUCCCAGAUUCAAGGCUUAAUUGCAUGACAAACAAUUACCACAUCGCUAACCGUAUUAUCUCCUGCCGACUGCAACCUCAAGAUGACUACCACAACUAAACCCUAGCGACAGCCAGAUUAUCUCUUGCCCAUUUCUAUAUUGAUGUGCUAUGAACAGAGAUAAACAUUGCAGUCUUUGUAUAUUAUUGCAGAUCAGGUUCACAAUUAUCUUAACCUGUUUGGGGCCUGCUCAUGAGUUUGAGCCAAGACGCCCUUGCUAGUGUUGAAGAAGCUCUAUCUCUCAUCAG